CCCGCCCGCCAGAGGCCCCGGUCCCACCCCCUGUCAAGAGCGUCCGCGGGCCGGGGCUCGGGCCAGUCGGGGGGCGUCGCGAUGCUGCUGCGCCUGCUGCUGGCCUGGGCGGCCGCGGUGCCCACGCUGGGCCAGGCCCCCUGGGCGGCCGAGCCCCGGGCCAUCUGCGGCCCCGGCAGCUGCUACGCGCUCUUCCCGCGGCGCCGCACCUUCCUGGAGGCCUGGCGGGCCUGCCGCGAGCUGGGGGGCGACCUGGCCACGCCGCGGACCCCCGAGGAGGCCCAGCGUGUGGACAGCCUGGUGGGGCCCGGCCCGGCCAGCCGGCUGCUGUGGAUCGGCCUGCAGCGGCAGGCCCGGCAGUGCCAACCGCAGCGCCCGCUGCGCGGCUUCACGUGGACCACGGGAGACCAGGACACGGCCUUCACCAACUGGGCCCAACCAGCCACAGGGGGGCCCUGCCCGGCCCAGCGCUGCGCGGCCCUUGAGGCCAGUGGAGAGCAUCGCUGGCUCGAGGGCUCGUGCACGCUGGCCGUCGACGGCUACCUGUGCCAGUUCGGCUUCGAGGGCUCCUGCCCCGCGUUGCCAGAUGAGGCGGGCCAGGCGGGCCCUGCGGUCUACACCACGCCCUUCCACCUGGUCUCCACCGACUUUGAGUGGCUGCCCUUCGGCUCCGUAGCUGCUGUGCCCUGCCAGGCUGGCAGAGAGGCCUCCCUGCUGUGCGUGAAGCAGCCCGAGGGCCGCGUGGGCUGGUCUCGGGCCGGGCCCUUGUGCCCAGGGACCGGCUGCGGCCCGGACAACGGGGGCUGCGAGCACGAGUGUGUGGAGGAGGUGGAUGGUCGCGUGUCCUGCCGCUGCGCCGAGGGCUUCCGGCUGGCAGCCGAUGGGCAAAGCUGCGAGGACCCCUGUGCCCACGCCCCGUGUGAGCAGCAGUGUGAGCCCGGUGGGCCACAGGGCUACAGCUGCCACUGUCGCCUGGGUUUCCGGCCGGCCGAGGAUGAGCCGCACCGCUGCGUGGACACGGACGAGUGCCAGAUCGCCGGCGUGUGCCAGCAGAUGUGCGUCAACUACGUUGGUGGCUUCGAGUGCUACUGCAGCGAGGGCCACGAGCUUGAGGCCGAUGGCAUCAGCUGCAGCCCUGCGGGGGCCACGGGCGCUCAGGCUUCCCACGACCUAGGGGACGAGUUGCUGGACGACGGGGAGGACGAAGAGGAUGAACACGAGGCCUGGGAGACCUUUGACGGUGGCUGGACAGAGGUGCCUGGGAUCCCAUGGAUGGAGGCCACGCAGCCACCUGACUUCGGCCUGGCCUACAGACCUAGUUUCCCAGAGGAGGGAGAGCAUCGGAUGCCCUACCUGGACCCCACCUGGCCACCCCCACUGAGUGCCCCCAGAGGCCCCUACCACUCCUCGGUGCUCUCCGUCACCCGGCCUGUGUUGGUCUCUGCCACACGCCCCACACUGCCUUCUGCCCACCGACCCCCCGUCAUCUCUGCCACCCGCCCGCCCCUGGCCCCUCAGCCCCCCAUGAUCCCUGCCAGGCACCCAGCUUUGCCUCCUGACCACCAGUUCCCCAUGAUCUCAGCCAGCCGUCCAGAUCUGCCCUCUGCCCACCGGCCCCCCAUUAUCUCUGCCACUCACCCAGCACGACCCCCCGCCCACCGGCCCCCCAUCAUCUCAGCCAGAUACCCUGAACUGUCCCCUGCCCACCAGUCCCCUGUGUUUCCGGACACCCAUGUCACUGACACUCAGACCACCACUCAUUUGCCUCAAAUCCUUGCCAGCCACACCCCUCUGGUCACGACUUCCAGCGCCCAUCAAUCCCUUGUCUCCCCAGAUGUCCCAGUCCUUAAAGCCCAGGCCACUCACCUUCCCAUUGCCUCGACGGUCCAGCCCCCUCUGACCACUACCUCCAGAUCCCCUGUGCCCCCUGCCCAUCAAGUUCCUGUACCUGCUGCCACCCGGCCCCCGGCCCUCCGCACUACCCUCACCUCAGAGCCCCCUCAGCAUCCCCCUAACCAGACUUCACUCACCAGCCCUACACGCCCCCAUUCCAAACCCCCACAAGUCCCAAGGGAAGGUGCCCAUGACCGCAAGCUGGCCCCAUGGCUGCCCUCAGCAGCCCCCACAGCAGCCCCGACAGCCCCGGGGGAGGCCAGUCUGGCAGGCCACAGCCGGAGGGAUGACCGGUGGCUGCUGGUGGCUCUCCUCGUUCCAACGUGCGUCUUCUUGGUGGUCCUACUCGCACUGGGCAUUGUGUACUGCACCCGCUGCGGCCCCCACGCACCCAACAAGCGAGUUACCGACUGCUAUCGCUGGGUCACCCACGCUGGGAGCAAGGGCCCAACAGAACCAGUGCCCCACCGGGGCAGCCUCACGGGGGUGCAGACCUGCAGAACCAGCGUGUGAUGGGGCGCAGCCCCCCCUCUGCGGGGUGGGGGGAAGGGGCGUGCGUUGGACACAUGGCCCAGGCUGCACCAGGGACUCAUGGGAGCUGCCCAGCUGGACAGAGGGCUUCCUGCCCCCACCCCGGACCCAGCCAGGCUCCUCUGUCAGUCAGCUACCAGACUUGACUCUUGGGGACUCUGCUCCCUGGCCCAGCACUCAAGACUGAGGAGACGCCGAGGCCCCCAGGACCUCAGGGGGUGGGUGCUGGGGUCUUCUCCAAUAAAUGGGGUGCCAACCUCACCCAAA